CCCGCCCCCUUACGUGGCUUCUGUCUCCAAGGUCCAAACAAGCACCUCCUGCGCACUGGGUUAAUUCCAUUUCAAAAUCCCUGUCUUCCCCGCCAUUCCCACCGACGUCGCGGCUCCCGUCUAGGGCAAGAAGAGACAGAGAGAGAAAUGCAGAAGGGUUUGAUCUCGAUCGAUCGGUGGAGCGAGAAGAGCCAGGCCUACUUCCUCACCCACCUCCACGCCGACCACACUGAGGGCCUCUCCCCACACUGGUCCGGCGGUCCCAUCUUCUGCUCCCCGAUCUCCGCCCGGCUCUUCCCCUGCAAAUUCCCCGGCUUCGAUCUCUCCUUGCUUAGGGUUCUGGAGGUGGGACGCACCCAUCCCCUUUCUCUCUCCUCCCCGACCAACGGAUCCGAGGUCCAGAUCCUCGUCACACCAAUCGAUGCUCACCACUGUCCUGGUGCUGUAAUGUAUUUGUUCCGUGGGGAGUUUGGAUGUGUUUUGUACACGGGAGACUUCCGGUGGGAACUGAAAUCAGAAAGGGCUAAGCUGGCGAAGAAAACCCUCCUUGAUGCUCUCCAAGGAGAUAAAGUGAACAAUCUUUACUUGGACAAUACCUAUUGUCAUCCAUCAUUCUCAUUUCCUCCACGUGAAGUUGCAGCCCAGCAGGUAGUCGAUAUCAUUACUCAGCAUCCUAACCAUGAAAUUGUCGUUGGCAUCGACACACUUGGGAAGGAAGGCCUGUUGCUUCAUAUAUCACAAGCUCUAAGUACAAAGAUUUGGGUCUGGCCAGAGCGUUUGCAAACUAUGCAUCUUCUUGGGUUUGAUAAUAUUUUUACAACAAAGACCAGUCUUACAAGAGUGCGUGCUGUUCCUCGAUACAGUCUCACCUUUGAGACACUUGAGGCAUUGAACACAAUACAUCCCACCAUUGGAAUUAUGCCCUCCGGUCUUCCAUGGGGGUUGAAAUCCCCCAAAGUAGAUGAUACUUUUGGAACAUCACUUGAAAAUUGCUGUGAAUGCAAAGGAAGUGCUACCAGCAGGAUACAGCUUGAGACAAAUCAAAUACAACCUCCAAGAAAGCUUCAUCGAUAUGCCUAUUCUGUUCCGUAUUCUGAACAUUCAUGCUUCACUGAGAUAGAGGAGUUUGUGAAGAUUAUCAAGCCGUCAGUUGUUACUGGAAUUGUUUCUUCAUCAUUCUAUUACAUCAAUCCUCGUCACUACUUUGGCUAUCUCUGUGGAUUUGGUCAUCUCUUUCAUAAACCAUGCAGAAACUUCAGAUGCGAGAAAGCCAAAAAUGCUGAAGUCAACCAAUGUCAAUCGUUUCCAAGGUGCAGAAGUUCUAAUAAGCUGAAGGAGAGAAAAGAAGGAAGCAUCAAGUUUGCUAGCUUCAGUGUACGUAGUAGUAGAUUGUCUGCAAUACGAAAGGGAAAAUGUGGUGUGAAGAUCAUGGAAAUUGAUUAGAUUUCUAGCUCUGAUCUGAAUGUAUGAAAGUCAGCCUCUAGUGGAGGAUGCUUGGCUAAUAGAUACAACCUCUGUUCUGUACAUCCGACUAACAAUAGCGAUACAUCAUGGUAUCCACCCUUUUAGAAGGCCUUUUUUUUUUUAUUUGAUUCCAAGCUUCUA